AAGAUUGCACCCAAAAAAAAAAACUAAAAGGAAGUACUGGUGUCAGUUGAUGGACCAGAACAUUAGAUUUCACGUUUGACCAUAAGAUUUCACGGGAGACGGAACACUACCAGUACCAGAACAUAUGCUCUCCAUUGCUAGACUUCCUUGGACUCAACUAAGGAGAGCAACAACCAACGCCCCAUCACCAAAAAUCCCCUCGUCACCGUCCAGCAGACCCGCUUCAAAUCUGUUUGUUAACUCCCCGCACAGAUGUGGAGAGCAUUCUAAUCUGACUCAUCAAAAAGAUUCAUACCUCAACUAUUCUCUACUGAACCCAACCAAUCAAUUGGUGGCUGAGCCUUCUCGCUUCUCCUGUACAUCAGAUUCCUUCUACAACAGCCUAUUCUCCCAUCUGAGAUCACCCAAUAACCUAUCUGAAGCUGAAAAGGUUCAUGGUGUUUUGGUGGUCCAUGGUUUCUUCCUCAACGGUAGAGCUGACCCAAAGCUAGGUGCUCAACUUGUUAACAUCUAUGUUGGCUAUGAUCGUCUUCAAGGGGCUCUGCAUGUCUUAGAUCAACUUCCUCAAAAGAACAAUUUCGCUUGGAAUGCGAUACUUAGGGGGCUGGUCAAUGCUGGCCACUUCUCGGAUGCAUUGGAAUUCUAUCACUCCAUGCUGAGAGAAGGCUCCUCACCUGAUAAUUUCACUUACCCACUUGUCCUAAAGGCUUGUUCCGGAUUAUCCGCACUUGAAGAAGGUAGAAGAGUAAAGGAGGCGAUCCAAUUCAAUGAGAGUCGGUACAAUGUAAAACCCAACAUCUUCGUGGCGUGUGCCAUGAUUGAUAUGUUUGCCAAGUGUGGCAGCUUAAGCGAAGCACGUAAGAUAUUUGAUGGAAUGCCCAGCAAAGAUUUAGUCUCGUGGAGUGUGAUGAUCUGUGGAGCGGUGCAGAAUGGGGAAUGGUUUGAAGCUCUGUGCUUAUAUAGAAGGAUGAAUUUAGAAGGAUGGAGACCUGAUUCGGUGAUUGUUGCAACUGUUCUUCCAGCCUGCGGUAGGUUGGGUGCUCAGCAUCUGGGAAUGACCUUGCAGGGCUGUGCCGUGAGGCGUGGCUUUGCUGACGAUCUUUAUGUUUCGAACGCCUUGAUAGACAUGUACUGUAAAUCUGGGGACAUCCAUGAAGCCUGCCGUGUAUUUUGCCACAUGAUAAACAAAGAUGCGGUCUCUUGGAGUACCCUGAUUGCGGGCCACAUGCAGAACUCAGAGUAUUGCGAUGGUCUGAUGUUGUACCUUGAGAUGAAGGCUAUGGGUAUUAGAAGCACCGCAGUCACAGUGGCCAGUGUCCUUCCUGCCUUGGCAAAUCUCAAACUGUUGAGACAGGGAAAGGAGAUGCACAACUAUGUCCUUAGACACGGGCUUGAAUCAGAUACUUUUGUUGGCAGUGCAUUGAUUGAUAUGUAUGGCAACUGUGGGUCAAUGAGAGAGGCAGGUUUCAUCUUUGAGAUGAUGUCAGAUAGAGAUAUAACGAUAUGGAACUCGAUGAUUGUUGGGCAUGUUCUAAAUGGGAAUGUAGAUUUAGCCUUUGGGAUCUUGCGCAGGAUCAAAGAAUCUAAGCUGAGACUGAAUUCUGUAAGCAUUCUGAGCAUCCUUCCAUUGUGCACCAGAAUGGGGACACUUAGACAGGGAAGGGAAAUCCAUGGUUAUGCGACUAGAAACAGUCUUGUUUCUCUAGUUUCGGUUGGGAAUUCACUGAUAGACAUGUACUGUAAAUGUGGAUAUUUAGAACUCGGACUGAGGAUCUUCAAUCAAAUGGUAGAGACUGAUAUUGUAACAUUUAACACUAUAAUUGUGGCGAACGGAAUUCAUGGACAUGGGGAGCAAGCUUUUUCAUUCUUCGAUCAGAUGAGGGACGCAGGAAUCAGGCCCAAUAAAGUCACUUUUAUAGCACUCUUAUCGGCUUGUAGUCAUGCAGGCCUGAUGGACAGAGGCUGGUUUUUGUACAACACAAUGGUCUAUGAUUGCGGCAUUCUACCUGAUAUGGAACACUAUGCAUGUAUGGUGGACCUUUUAGGUAGAUCAGGGCACCUUGAUGAUGCGUGGGAAUUCAUAAGAAGGAUGCCAGUCGAGGCGGACAUUGACGUUCUGGGUUGCCUUCUUGGAGCUUGUAGAGUUCACAACAGGGUUGAGCUUGCUGAGCAGGUAUCAAGGCGAAUUUUUCAAAAGAACCCUGAAGAUUCAGGCUAUUAUGUUCUUUUAUCCAACAUAUAUGCAUCAUCCGGAAGAUGGGCAGAUGCAGCAAGGAUCAGGGCAAUGUUAAAAUACAAGGGCUUGCUAAAGAAAGCAGGAAAUAGCUGGAUCCAGAUCGGUUGUCAUGUUCAUUCAUUUAGGGCUAGAGAUCGGAUCCACCCAGAGUCUAAGAGAAUCCAAGAGGUUUUGGAGAGCUUGGUCUUGGAGAUGAAGGAUGAAGGAUAUCUGUUAGAUUUAAGCUGUUCAUUUCAUGAUAUCACUGAAGAUGACGAAUUUGAAGGGGGAAUGCAUUUAUGAUAUCAUUGUCUCGUGAAUAAUCAGCUAGUGAUUUAGUAUUUGGCAGAGGAUAAUACUCCAUAGGGCAUUCAUCCACAGCAAAAAAAGAAGAUAGAUAUGAAUUUAUCAAA